AUGGAGGCUGCAGGAGAAGACGUUCGCACCGAUGUCGUGUCGGAAGUAGCAUGUCAUCUGGAUGAACUGCCCCAAGAGAUCCUAUUUCUCAUCCUCACCCACCUGCGCGACGUCAAGGAGGUGGCCAGCGUGUCGCGUGUUAGCAAGCGUUUCUACUCGCUGCUCGCAUCCAAUGCCAUCUGGAAGCUGCUGUACUGCGCCAAGUGGGAGGCCAACCCGCUGCUGCCCAACUUCCUGGAGGUGAUCGGGCGGCCCGCCGAGGAGGUCCUCAAGGAGGACGCCGACGACGACACCGACGGCCCGUCCAUCAAGGACGCCUUCAAACACAAAUACUUCCUGGAGCAGCGAUGGUUCAAGGGCGAGUGGACGCGUCAGAGCUUUCUGGCCCACCCGGGCUCUUCGGUGAACGGCCUCAAGUUCGUGGCCUCGCCCUCCUCCUCGGCCCCCGCCACCCUCGUCACCUGCUCCGACGACCACACCGUCCGCGUUUGGCAGCCGGUGGCCGUUGCCGCGCCGCCGGAGCCGGCCGGGGACGACAGCGACUCUUCGUUUUUCUUCUCCAAUUCGCCUGGCAGCCUGUUCUCGUCGUUUCGCAAUUCCAAGAUCAGGAAUCUCGGGCUCUCGCUCACGGCUAAGCCGCAGCUCGAAUGCACGGACACGCUGAAGGGACAUCAGUCGGUGGUGUGGUGUGUUGACUACGACGGCAACGUGAUCGUGUCGGGCAGCCACGACGAAAGUGUGAUCGUGUGGCGAGACGGAGCGAUCGCACACAACUUUGCCAAGGUGCUCGACGGUGGAAUCAACGGCAUCAUCCUCCACGAGAACUCGGUCCUGGCGCGAAGUCGCAUGGGCAAAGAGGUGGUGCUCACCGACAUCGAGGCCUGCAAGCACACCGUCAGAUAUGAUUCGAAUUCCUACGGCGUGUUCUCGUUCGACGCGUCGUGGGAGGACAACGUGCUGAUCAGCUGCGGCGGCAAGGCCCUCUACUGCUGGGACAUGCGUACGAGCGAGCCGCAGUUCUCCUACAAGAUCCCCACGCAGAUGGGCCGAUUCGAGGUGCUCAAGCUCAAGACCGGCACGCACCUCCUCGCCACCGGCGACUCCGACGGCGACUGCGCCUUCUGGGACCUGCGCGUCGUCUCCUCCGCCGCCAUGACGCCCUUGGCAUUCGCCCCCGCCUCGUCAUCAACCUCAUCGACAACGUCACCCUCACCUUCAUCAUCAACUUCUUCUUCAUCACCGUCUCCGCCUUCGAUGGGCUCCCCGCGGCUGUCCUCGUCGCCACCGUUGGCCUCGCUCGCGACCUACCCCUCCAGCUCGUCUUCUUCGUCGGCCCUGUUCUCGUCGUCAUCCUCCCCACCGGCCGCCACCUCCUAUCUCGCCACCUCAGCGGCCUCGCCGGGAGGCGGCGGCCUGUCGUCGUUGGCCGGUGCGACGACGGUGGGUUCCAACAAGAACCCGGGCCACAUCACGAGCUUCAUACAUGGCCUCUCGCCCGUGUGCGGGCUCUACUUUGACAACAGCAAGCUCGUGUCUGCCAGCAAGUCAGGAAUCAUCAAAGUGUGGGACAUUGGGUGUUCGAAGGACAAGAGCAGCCAAUUGGCCAGGUGCAAGAUCGACCUGGGCAGCAAGGUGUGGUGCUUCCAGGCCGACGACCGGUCGCUGGUGUGCGGGGACCGGGGCGGGUUCAUCCACCUGGUCGACUUUGGCGCCGACACGCGCCCGCGCUUUGGCGGCAUGACCGCUGACUCCAAGUGCUCCCUCCAGUGA